UUAAGCCGUGGUGCGCACUCUACGCAUGCUUUUUUUUUUGGCACAGCAGAUCCAUGAACAUCUAUCAUUGAUGAACGAAGUUCUUGUCAAAUAAUAGCGUUGUCACUGAUUGCUAGUUAGCUAGCACUAGCAUUCUGUAAACAUGUCUAAAAUACAGUUGUUGAGAGCGUUUCUCAACCAGCGGCUAACUGUGGCUGCUGAUGAGAUAUUCGGGGCAGUUGAAAAAACGAUAGCUGAGUACCAGGAAGAGGUUUCCCGUUCGAAAAAGGAGAACGACCGUCUACAGAAUAUUCUUGACAUCGUUAUUAAACCUGAGAUAAAGUUACAAAGAGCAGACCUCCAGCAGCUCACUGUAUUGGAAGAGGAGGUUCACCCUGAGCAGCAGCCCUGUGUGCAGGAUUGGAGCCCUAGUCUUGGACAGGAGGACAGCGAGCCCAUAUGGAUCAAAAAGGAGCAGGAGGAACUCAAAAAGCAACUUCAGUGGCUGGAGUCUGACACCAGAGAGUUCAUAUUUGAUCCUUUCUGUGUAAGUGAUUAUGAUCAGGACCCAACUCAGUCCUUGCAAAUCCAAAGUGAGGAAAAUAGGGAGAGAGAUUCUCAACCAAACGUUGUAACUGGACAGAUCAAAACAGAACCUGACGGAGAGGACUACAGAAUAUCAGAACCAACCUGUUCUUCAGCUCAGAGUACAAAUAGUGAACAUGUCAAUGGGAUGGAAAGCAAAGGAGCGCAGUCUCUUUUAAAGUCACACAAACCAAAGACCACAAAAAAACAAAAAAGAAAACAAACUUAUAGCAGUGCAAAUGGCAUGAAAUGUACUCCCUGUUCUUGUAAGGUUUGUGGGAGGUCUUUUCGGUACAAGCGUCCCUUUUUUAAUCAUGUGCAAAGUCAUGCACAUAUAGAGGAUAAAGAACGUGUCUGUGGUGUGUGUGGAAAGCACCUAGAUUCUAAAGAGAAUAUGAAAGAUCACCUCCAAACUCACAUCGUAGCUGAGCCUGAGUUUUGUCAUGUUUGUGGUAAAACGUUCACCACGAAGCUUAGGCUGAAAAAGCACAUGAGGGUUCACACAGGAGAGAAACCAUAUCGCUGCGAUGAUUGUGGCAGGUGUUUCAGUGAUGCCGCCAAUUUGAUCGGACACAAAAGGACUCACACGGGCGAGAAACCAUAUUGCUGCCAGGAAUGUGGCCAAGGAUUCACUCAAAGUGGUCAUCUGGUUUUGCACAGGAGGAGACAUACUGGGGAGAAGCCAUAUCUCUGUUCUGUUUGUGGCAAAAGUUUCAGCACCAGAUCAAAUUAUACAGGACACAUGAGAGUUCACACAGGGGAGAAACCGUACAGCUGCCAUGAUUGUAGCAAAUGUUUCAGCAAUACUGCUAAUCUGAGUGCACACAGGAGGAUUCAUACAGGGGAGAAACCAUAUUGUUGUGAUUAUUGUGGCAAAGGAUUUGCUCAGAAUGGAAAUCUUAAAAUGCACAUGAAGACACACAGGAAAUAAAUCUUAUAGGCUAAUUGCUGUAUUUGUGAGAAAUAUCUCAGCACUGACAUCCACCCAACUUGAGAAUCCACACAAGAGAGAAAUACAUCUCUUUCGUGACUGUGGCAAAGCCUUUGCACAAUGGAAAUUUGGCAAGGCAUAAUGAGAAUGUACAAAAUGCAUAACAUGUCAGAACUCAGCAACAACAAAAUUUCAACAGUUUGAUAACACUGGAGAGAACUGUGAUCUGGCUCAUCUGACAGUGAUUGAGGUUUCACACACAGUGGUGAGAGACUAUACAAGUGUCCUAUAGAAAAUGCUUUAUCACAAGUGUAUUAACUAGGCGUCAAAGUAGCCUAGUUGAGGAAAUAUUGUAGGCCUACAUGCAAUCCGGGGCGGCAGCGUAGCCUAGUGGUUAGAGCGUUGGACUAUUAACCGGAAGGUUGCGAGUUCAAACCCCCGAGCUGACAAGGUACAAAUCUGUCGUUCUGCCCCUGAACAGGCAGUUAACCCACUGUUCCCAGGCCGUCAUUUAAAAUAAGAAUGUGUUCUUAACUGACUUGCCUGGUUAAAUAAAGGUAAAAUAAAAAAAUAAAAUUAAAAUCCCUGUUUCAAGUUCUUCAAAUGGACUCACUAGGAAGGCACAUUUACAACAGGGAGAAAACAUGGCAGGGCCUUCAGGGAAAGGGCAUCAGACAGAGGAUUGAGAAGCAUAUUCUCACUUCCACCAGUAAGAAGAGAUGGGAUCUAGUACAUACCCACAAGAACCCAGCUCUUGGAUCAACAAGAUAUGACUGUACUAGCUUGAACUUACAGAACAUUGCUAGAAGUCCACAUGAACAUUGCGCAACAGAUUGCUGAGUAGCAGGAGUCCCUGCUUAUUAGUAUGACACAGGAAACACAUUUGAGCUGCUGUCCUGUGUCUUGAAAACAAAACUUUGCAUUUUUUUGUAAAAUGCCUUCUCCAGUUAUACAUCAUAUCUGUUUUUAACACUGUUGUGAUGUUGUUGUCUUACUUUUCAAAGUGUUUGUUACUUCAUGGCUUUCAUACCAAAACUAUAGUCAUACCUCUGAGUUUUAUGUCAAUUUGCCUGCAAAGAAAAUAAAUACUUGUCUAUUUCAUUGUAUAUGUAUUGACAGGUAUAAAUAAUUAGUAUGCUAUGUUCCAGGUGAACUAUUAAAUGUGCAUGGGCUACCAUC